CUAUUUUUGAAUUUUAUUGAAAUCUAUAAUUAUCGAGACAAAGACACUAAUCUUACCAUUACUAUGUACCCAACUUUCUCUUCUUCCCAGAAAAGUCAACAGCCUACGGGCGUUACUGCCGGUUUCACCUUCGGCGGUCUACCUUUCCCUCUUUUCGCGCCGGGAGCUGGAGUUGGAGCUGAUGCCGGUGCCGCAGCCAAAGAAGGUUUAGCCUUCUUUGGAGGAUGUCAGCGAGGUCUUCCAGUUCCACCGGAGCUUUUUGGAUUUGGAGGUGGCGCAAAAGGAUCUCUUGGCUUUGGUGGACGGCCUCGAGGUCCGCUCUUCUUUGGUUUGUAUAAAGAGAGAUCAGAGAGAAAAUAAGUUCAAAGUUCUUUUUUUUUUUUUUUUUUUGAUAAUAACAAUUGAAAGUUCUU